AUAAGAGCAGAGGCCGAAAAAAAAUCUGUGAGUAGAACCAAGAAAGGCGUACCCUGCACACCUAUUUCCUGUUCUGUAUUAUCUGAGUCUUCAACUGAAAAGAGGCGGACGAAUUGAGGAGACAAAUUCAGGAAAGAAAUGAGGAAUGCACCUUGCAUUAUAGCAAUAUUAUGGGUGGUUCUUACAUUUGGGAGUCCACACCGCCAAGCGCAUGCCAAUCACGCUAUUUAUCCCAAAACUUACUCCGACAGUGUUGAUGGCCUGAUAAUAAAACAAUUCGCAGGUUUGAACGGCCGGGUUGGUCAAGAGGUUGGGAAUGGCAGGACUCUCAAAGAUACGGAGAACUUCCAACUUAUUAGAGAACUAGAAAGUGACCCAAGCUACAGCGAAAUGAAGCCCAGUUUGAUGUAUGAUCAGUCAAGUGGAAAAGGUCAUCUAAGCAAAGGCAGAAAAAGUGCAGCUAACGCUAUGGAGAAGAGAAUACAAAAACGUCAUAUAAAGAAAUCAAAGAAAACAAAGAAAUCAAAGAAACGUGGAAGCAAGGAUCGCAUUGUGAACGCAAUGCUGGGAACAGUGACAUUCAACGUAGGUCUCCAUCCUACUGUUGUGCCUGAAUACGAAACGCGAAGAGCAAAGUUUAUUGAAAUAAUAGAAAAUGGUUCUCUUCCGGGAGAUGUCGUCUGCUUGCAAGAGGUUUGGGAAGCAGAUGAUCUUAGAGAAAUUAUCUCCAAGACGCGGACAGAUUUUCCAUUUUCCGUCAGCGCCCUGCAUCAGACUAUAGAUGGCGACACUGUCUUCCCUACUGCUAAUCCUUCAAUACCUGCUUGUACCCUUGCUGAGGUGAAUGCGGUAUCCCAGUGUUUUUUUAACAACUGCCUGGCGAACAAUGCGACAGACUUGUUCCUGUGUUUCGUUGGGAACUGCGUACCAGAGUACCAGGCGCUCUCCCAAGUCUGUUUAGCUUGUCUUCUGGCACGGCAGAGCCGCAAUCCCAAAGAAUUGCUUGCUUCUUUCAAUAGAACUGAGUUUUGUGCUACAACCCCGUACGAAGUAACCUACGGCUUGGUGAUACUUAGCAAACGACCGAUAGAGGACGCCUCGUUCGUGGACUACCACGAGGGAUAUUCAGUGAGUGUGCCACGCGGGUAUCUGCGUGCCAAGGUCAGUGAUAUCCAUGUGUUCUGUACUCACACCACCCCUGUUUUGACUGAUGUUUACAUAGAUGGCCGUUUCAGCAGUUACGCUGAGCAGAGUUUAUACGAACUCGGAACGCUCCUGAACGCCGCAAAUCCUGACCUCGAGAGAUCUCUUCUUCUUGGAGACUUUAAUACUUCUCCGAGUAUCCCGGAUGCAAACAUUACGUCACAGCUACCCCUGUCCUAUGAUCUCUUGGUCCAGAAUUACUUUUCCCCUUAUUUGGAAACCGUUACGUUAUGCACGUUCUGCUAUGACAACUGGCUGACGUAUAAUUUGUCUAAUGUUAUUAUAGAUCACGUGCUUGUACCCAAAUCCUGGAGGGACCUAAUAAUGGCGAAGGUAAAUAGAGAGGCCACGCCACUGAGAAUAUUUGAUGGAGAUGACACUGUGUCGGACCAUUACGGCGUAGCUUUGUUCAGCCAAGAAAAUCAAGAGGAAUAAAUGAGAGCUCUCUCGACAUAUCAUUACAUUUACUGGACAUUGCAUCGCCAGCCUGCUCGGUAAAACGACUGAUGAAUCAAGCCAGGGAGUGUGCAAUCCUUCUUUAUAUAUGCAGUCUGAAUAGGCACACGGCCGAUGGCAGCUUUCCCCAAAUACGCCAGGACAUGCCGCUUUUGCUUAAUAAAGAAAACCCUUAUGUAACAUUACCAGUUUUUAUGCUGAAUUGUUCAGCAAGGGUGUAGCUACAUACAUUUACGCAAGUUCUUUGAUCGGGGAGAAACUUUGAACAGACUUUGACAUGCCAGAUCUAAACUUGUAAAACAAAAUUCAUAGAGUCAUGUCUAUAGCAGAGGGAUCAAGGGGCAUCUAUUAAAAUUUGGUAUUUCAAAAGCACAGCUAACUCUACUUAUUACUGUUUUCAAAAUUGUCCUCAGGCAGUGAUUUACGUCAAUUGUUUUCCUCCAUGGCAGUACUUCUAUACCAGACGGUGACAGAAAAUGUCAAUACAUCGCAAAUUAAUUACCACCUGGCAAAACAAUACGAACAGGGUUGACAAAUAAGCACCUCACACGCUGCAGAAAUACGUCCCCCGCUGAACUUUAAAAACAUGUUUUCUAGAUUGCAUUGCAUUUUUCAAGGUCAUUUGACACACGCAUGUAUUCACUCAGUAAAAGU